UAGAUCUCGUAGGUUCCCAGCUACCAGACAAGACAAUAAAAUUUCAGCUCAGAACAUUAAUCACUUUAAUAUCUAUCAGUAGAAGCUUUCUCUAAAGAUACAGACAGUAGUAACAGCUAACAACAAAGUAGGAAUGGAAAUAUUGUAACAUUCCUCUCAGAAUUUCAACCUUCUUACAAUUAAGGCAAAACCUCAAUCUCUUUAUUCUAAGCAAUUUCAAUUUUGAAGUCAAACUCAUUGGAACUUCUCUCCCACUGCACCAAUUUGAGGAGUCUUUUUGAUCACUAUGGCCGAUUUGGAAAAUUUGCUUUUGGAGGCUGCGGGAAGAACUGGCACAGCUGGCAGGAAUCGACAUUCUCACCCGCCUUCGAGGAGACGUCGUGAUGGCUCGUAUUCGGAUGGUGGGAGUGACUCUAGGGAUGAUGAUUCAGAUGAUGAGCAUAAUUAUGCAAGCAGAAAGCCAUCUGGUUCACAAGUUCCUCUGAAGAAGAGAUUAGAUCCGACCGACAGAGAUGAUGAUUUGGGUAGUCAGGAAGAAGCAGAUGAUGAUGGACGAAGCGACCGUGAAGGAGAUACCAGUGAUGAAUCAAAUAUCGGUGAUGAUCUCUAUAAAGAUGAAGAUGACAGGCGGAAGCUUUCUGAGAUGAGUGAACUUCAAAGAGAGAUGAUUUUGUCGGAUAGGGCUUCAAAAAAGGACGAUAAAAGUUUGUUGGGAAAGAUAGCAUCAAAGCGUGAGAAAGGAAAGGCAAUAAUUACCGGAAAGCAGUCUCCCCUGCUGUCAUCAUCUCGCGUGCGCGCAUCAGCCAGAUCUGCCGAUAGGUCAGCCAAAAAUGAAGCAUUAAAUGAAUUGCGUGCAAAGCGGUUGAAACAACAAGAUCCAGAAGCUCACCGUAGAUUGAGAGAGGCUUCAAGAAACUCAGGUCCCCGACAAUUUUCCCCACCAAAGCGCAAAUCUUUCACAUCAGCAAAUCUCAGUAGUUCAAGCCAUAGUGAUAGUGAUAGUAGGUCACACAGUGAUGAAGAUGGGUCAACUGGGGAUGGAGGAAUUGCUGACAGCGAUGAUGAUAGGGGAUUAUCUGGAUCUGAGGGGCCAUCCUUUCAGGAUAUCAAGGAAAUAACUAUUCGCAGGUCAAAACUUGCAAAAUGGUUUAUGGAACCUUUCUUCGAGGAGUUAGUUGUUGGUUGCUUUGUAAGAGUUGGAAUCGGGAGAUCAAAAACUGGACCUAUCUACCGGCUGUGCAUGGUGAAAAAUGUUGAUUCCUCGGACCCUGAUCGACAGUAUAAACUAGAGAACAAAACAACAUCCAAGUACUUGAAUGUUGUUUGGGGAAAUGAAAGUUCUGCUGCUAGGUGGCAAAUGGCUAUGAUAAGCGACUCUGCUCCACUUGAAGAGGAAUACAAGCAAUGGGUUAAGGAAGUAGAACGAAGUGGUGGCCGGAUGCCAAGCAAACAGGAUGUGUUAGAAAAAAAACAAGCUAUACAUAAAAUCAUCUCAUAUGUCUACUCUGCAGCUACUGUGAAGCAGAUGUUACAAGAUAAAAAGUCUGCCUCGUCAAGGCCGAUGAAUAUUGCCGCUGAGAAGGAUAGACUGAGGAGGGAGUUGGAAAGAGCACAAGGUAAGAAUGACGAAGCGGAAGUAGAGAGGAUCAAGACAAGAAUAUUAGAAUUAGAGGCAUCCAGAAAUGCAAAAGUGAAGGAUGCCAAAGCUCUGAAACUGGCUGAAAUGAACAGAAAAAAUAGGGUUGAGAACUUCAAGAAUGCUUCUGAAUUGAGGCCAAUAACCGGUUUGAAAGAAGGGGAUGCAGGUUAUGAUCCAUUUUCAAGGAGGUGGACAAGAUCGAGGAACUACUAUGUUGCCAAUCCUUCUGAAAAAGCUGCUGCUGGAAAUAUUAUUACCGCUGGCUUAAUUGCUGAUGCAGGCAGCAACGGAGCUGGAGUACCAGUAACUGCGGAGUCUGGGGUGGUGGCUACUGCCAUUGCCUUGGAAGCUGCUGCUGAUGCUGGAAAGUUGGUUGAUACGAAUGCUCCGGUGGAUCAAGGGACAGAAUCAAAUACGCUGCACAAUUUUGAGCUGCCAUUUUCGUUGGCGUUACUUCAUAAGUAUGGUGGAGCACAAGGAGCUCAAGCAGGAUUUAUGGCAAGAAAACAAAGAAUAGAAGCAACAGUUGGAUUUAAACUCUCGGAAAAUGAUGGCAGGAGGCAUGUACUGACUCUGUCAGUCGGUGAUUACAAAAGAAGAAGAGGGCUUCUUUGAACUCCGUUGAUGCUGUGCAGUAUCCAGUUGAAGUAAGUCUGCAAUUUAAUCAUCCAAAUAUGGUUUUUAUCUACUGUAAUGUUGUUGUAAUGUUGAAAUUUUUAUAAGUGGUCAUGUUUCCGCAUAUUUCAUUAUUUAUCUUUAGUCUUGAACAAUAAAGUUGUGUGAUAAAUGUAGUACUUACUACUUUUCCAAGUGUUGUGUUUAGUUUUAGACUUCUGUAUGACAAAAAUUGACUUUCAAUAUGAUUUUGUGAAAUUAUUUUGUUUUCA